UUGAUAAUAUGACUGCUUUUCGAAAUGAAAUAAUUGUUAUGUUUUUAUUCUACCUGCAAUCUUCGAAUAUAAAUUAAUAAGCAAGUGCGUCAUACACGCCGCCCUACCGCCACAACCACCGCUGCUCAUAGUAUUGUUACCACAAAAACUGGUCAAGUUGUCUUCCAAUCAGCUGUCACGUACCUUUGACGUGUUGAAUACAAACAGAUCUCAUUUCGUCGGUCUGAUAUGCCGUUGCCGCGAUGAACGGCACGUUUUCUGAGCAGUUGGGGGGUGUGGCUGGUAUUUUUGAUCAAUGGGGCACGUGCGAGAGGACCGUGGUGGCGUGUGCUUUGGCACGGCGGGUGCCCUGGCCGGGCCUGAAGCUGGUGCAACGCGCAGUGGAGGCCGCCCUGCAGCAGCAUGUGGAGGACGACCGCUUAGAGCGCGACGCCAACGACGAGACGCUCCUGGCGGGCUUGUUAGCGCCCAGAAGUGACGAUGAUGAAGAAGAGGGUGUGGAGCGACUGCAGCAGCUGCUGGGCCUGCUGCCUCUCAAUAAUGUAAAGUGGACGGCUGUGUGUGGUGUGGCCACCGCAGCGAGCGGGGAGCUGCCCGCUACUAACUGA